ACACCAUGGAAGAAGGAGGUAUUUGUUGUGUGUCGUGUAAAAACACUGCAAAAAUACCAAAGUCAUUAGAUUGUGGGCAUAUUUGCUGUUUGGGGUGCAUUCAAGAUCUCAUUAAAGAAAAUAAAUCAUUAAAUGGACUUGUCAGCUGUCCCGAAUGCAAAAACGAAAGUCAAGUGCCUGAAGGGGUGGAGCAGUUGAAGCUCCUUUCUCUCAAGACUUUGGAUGAAGAGGUAUCACAGUUACUACAGAACGUGAAGGAUCAAUCAAAAGAAGAUGAAAUACAUUUCCAGACAGAAAGAAAAAAGGCUGAUGAAGCAAAAAAGAUAGCAGAAAAGGAAAGACAAAGGGUAGAGGACGAAAAACAAAGGAUAGAAGAAGCAACAAAGAGGGUAGAGGAGGCCAAA